UUUCCUUUUACAAGAUACUAUCAAUAUAGAAAACAUGUUGCAAACCGCAAAGUCCAACCUUCAACCUCCUACUUAUGGAAACCUAAUCACGGUUUUGAGUAUCGACGGAGGUGGCAUAAGAGGAAUCAUCCCCGGGACAAUCCUUCACUUUCUAGAGUCCGAACUUCAGAAACUCGACGGGGAACAUGUAAGACUUGCUGACUAUUUUGACGUGAUAGCUGGGACGAGCACAGGCGGUCUUGUAACAGCUAUGUUAACCGCACCUGAUGAAAAUAAUCGACCUUUGUUUGCUGCGAAAGAUAUUAACAAAUUCUACCUUGAGCAUUGCCCAAAAAUAUUUCCACAAGUCAAGUCCAUAUUUCCUGGUGUUUCAAAGAUGAUGAAAGCCUUUUCUGGGCCAAAAUAUGAUGGGGCUUAUCUUCAUAGAGUCAUUAGAGAAAAGCUUGGAACCACAAGAUUGCAUCAAACACUUACUAAUGUAGCAAUACCAGCCUUUGAUAUCAAAGAACUCCAACCAACUAUUUUCUCUACAUACGAGGUGAAGAAUACCCCUAGCUUGAAUGCUCAACUUUCAGAUAUAUGCAUUUCAACAUCUGCAGCUCCAACAUAUCUCCCCACAUACCAUUUCCAAAACAAGGACCACUCUGGGAGUGUUAGGGAGUUCAACUUGACAGAUGGUGGUGUUGCUGCAAAUAACCCGACACUAGUAGCGAUUGGGGAGGUGACAAAGCAGAUCAUGAAGGGAUCAUCCGACUAUUUUGCCAUAAACAAAUUGGAUUAUGGGAGGCUUUUGGUUAUAUCUUUGGGGACAGGUUCAGCCAAGUGUCAAAGAAAAUAUAAUGCAAAAGAUGCGGCUAAAUGGGGUGCACUCAAAUGGAUCUCCUUUGAUGGAUGUGCUCCUAUUGUGGAUGUCUACUCUCAAGCUAGUGCUGAUAUGGUUGAUUUUCAUCUCAAUAUUAUUUUUCAAACCCUUAAUUCCGAAAAGAAUUACCUUAGAAUUCAGGAUGAUACAUUAGCCGAUGGAGCAAUAAGCUCGGUUGAUAUCGCUACCAAAGAAAAUCUCGAAAAUCUUGUUAGGGUUGGGGAAAAAUUGUUAGAGAAACCGGUUUCAAGAGUGAAUUUGGAGACGGGCGAAGUUAAUCCUACGUCCGAAAAUGAGACCAACCAAGAAGCUCUCAUUAGAUUUGCCAAGAUGUUAUCUCAAGAGAAGAGGCUGAGAGAAAUUAGAUCACCACAUUGAUCAACAUUUAUUGCCUUCAAAUAUAUCACAAGUUCUAUAGCUCUAAUUAUUUAAUUAUUACUUUUCAUCAUGUGUUCCAAUAAUAAGGCCCAUAAUUUGGGACCCAACUCAUUUAUUAGGUCUUGUGACUAUUCUUUAAUUAUUAAUCUUUGUAAUAGGUGAUGCAAUAUUGUAACAUUUGUUU